AUGAGUGUGUCGUCUCCUCUCUCCCCGCUCUGUUCUACCUUCUCUCAGCUGGAUAAGAGUGAGGUGUCUACAUUAGGCCUGCCUCCCUCGACCAGCCAUGGAGGCUCGGACGGUAACAUCAGCGUGGACGCGGGGCCGGAGGGAGCCGGCGAACUCCAGAGGACGCGUGCUGCCCUGGAGCACCUGCAGCAGAAGAUCCUGAAGAUCACGGAGCAGAUCCGCGUGGAGCAGGAAGCACGCGACGAUAACGUGGCAGAGUACCUGAAACUGGCCCACAAUGCCGACAAACAACAGGCCUCGCGAAUCAAGCAGGUGUUUGAGAAGAAGAACCAAAAAUCUGCUCAGACCAUUGCGCACCUGCACAAGAAACUGGAGCACUACCACAAAAAGCUCAAAGAGAUCGAACAGAAUGGCCCUGCUCGUCAGCCUAAGGAUGUCCUGAGGGAUAUGCAGCAGGGUCUGAAGGACGUGGGGGCGAACAUGAGGGCUGGGAUCAGUGGCUUCGGAGGAGGAGUAGUGGAGGGGGUAAAGGGAGGAGUCUCCGCUCUCACCCACACCGCCGUGGUGUCCAAGCCCCGAGAAUUUGCCAGCCUGAUCCGCAACAAAUUCGGCAGCGCGGACAACAUCGCUCACCUGAAAGACACCUUGGAGGAUGGGCACCCUGAAGAAACGCCCCGGGCACUCAGCGGUAGUGCCACCCUCGUCUCCAGCCCUAAAUACGGCAGCGAUGACGAAUGCUCCAGUGCCACCUCUGGUUCUGGAGCUGGUAGUAACUCAGGUGGGGCUGGUGGAGGGGCAAUGUCAGGCCUGGGCCAAGCCAUAGGGAGCCCUAGACUAGAUGGUCACCACCACCAUCAUCAUAGUUCCUGGGAUGCCCUCCUGGAGGGUCUACAGGAGAUCAAGGCCAGCCAAGCCCAGAUGGAGGACGCCAUAGAUGAUAUGAAAACUCAGCUGCAAAGCGAUUACUCUUACAUGACCCAGUGCUUACAAGAGGAGAGAUACAGAUAUGAGCGUCUGGAAGAGCAGCUGAAUGAUCUGACUGAGCUACAUCAGAAUGAAAUGACCAACCUGAAACAGGAGCUGGCCAGCAUGGAGGAGAAGGUGGCCUACCAGUCUUACGAGAGAGCAAGAGACAUCCAGGAGGCGGUGGAGUCAUGUUUGACCCGCAUAACUAAGCUGGAGCUACAGCAGCAACAGCAGCAGGUGGUGCAGCUGGAGGGGGUGGAGAAUGCUAAUGCCCGUGCCCUACUAGGGAAGCUCAUUAAUGUCAUCCUAGCCCUCAUGGCUGUGCUGCUGGUCUUUGUCUCCACCAUGGCUAAUUUCAUCACCCCACUGAUGAAGACUCGUGCGAGGGUCGUUGCCACUGUACUUCUGGCCGUCUUUCUAGUGACGCUGUGGAAACACUGGGACUUUUUGGAGCUGUGGCUUCUGCCCAGCUGA